AUGGCUUCGGAAACAGAGGUCUACAUUGCCGGUGUUGGAUUUCCAACCUUGUCUCUGGCAGGAACUUCUGUGAAGACCAUUGUGGCCUCCCUUGUCUCUGCUGCCACUAAGGCUCUUUUGGAUGCCAGUGUGACGUUUGAUGAUGUUACCCAAACUGUGGUAACUCUCAGUGGAAACACGCCCAAUUAUGGCUCCGAGGUGUCUGGGGCAUUUUGCCACCGAGAUAUCGCUAUGGACGAAGUGGAAAAAGGAUACGAAUUCGAUACUUCGUUCACCUUGAUAAGGGAUCGAAGUGCCCAGUGUGGUAUGCUAAAUACCGUAAAGAAGAGUCACACUUAUCUAAAAGAUUCGGCGGUGCUUGUGCGCAAGCCACACACUCGACGAGUGGAUGCAAAGGGACGGACGGUGGACAGGCUGUAUGAUAUCUGCCAGAUUGGUACGUGGAUCAAGGGCCCUGGAGUAAUUUCUGCUAAAAUGGAAUCUAGUUUGGGCGCUCAGAGGAUGGUCGCGGCCCCACGACACGGAUAA